UAUGCAUAUAGCUCAGAUUGGUAUAGCUCUCGCCGUGGCUCCAAAUAUGGCAAAAGUGCAAGGAGCACUACUCCCUGACCGUGAUGGGCAAGCUGCAGGGCCCGUCCCGUUCAAGGAGGUCGCCGGCGUCGACGCCAUCCCGGCUCGCCCCGUCACUGAGCACGACGCCGCCAUCUCCGGCAUGCCGAGGCGCCUCGUCUACAACAACAGCCUCCCGAUCCUCUCCUACAGGGGGUUCUGGCUGCUGGAGGACUGGGCGCGGGGCACGGCCGCCAUGGCCGACGAGCGCCGCGGCGGCUUCGUGGCGCGCCCCGGCGACGUCGUGCUCGCGACGCUGCCCAAGGCCGGGACCACGUGGCUCAAGGCCCUCGCGUUCGCCACCAUGGCGCGCGGCUUGUUCCCGCCGGCGAGCCCCGACCACCCGCUCCGCCGCCUCAACUCGCACGACUGCGUGCCUACCGUGGAGAGUGGCCUGUUCGCGUGUGGGCGGGAGGGUGUGCUGGACAAGCUGCCGUCGCCGAGGCUCUUGAACACGCACCUGCCACUCUCGCUGCUGCCUUCUUCAAUAACCGACAAUGAUGAUUGUAAGAUCGUAUAUGUUUGCAGAGAUGAGAAGGACAGAGCAGUCUCCACAUGGCACUUCAUCAAGCGUAUCAAACGUAUUGGAUCAGAUGUGCCAUUCUCCGAGGUGUACAAGUCUAUCUGCGAGGGCACUUCUGCCUGUGGGCCUGUCUGGGAUCACAUCCUCGGCUACUGGAACGCAAGCAAAAAAGAGCCAAGUAGGGUACUCUUCCUAACAUAUGAACAGAUGCUCCAAGAUCCGAUGGGCACAAUUAGGCAAUUAGCAGAGUUCCUUGGGCAGCCGAUUUCUGAUGCCGAAGAAGAAACGGGUGUUGUUGCAGAGAUCGUAGAGCUUUGCAGCCUAGAGAGCAUGAAGAAACAAAAGAUCAACAGGGAAGGAUACCAGGGUGUCGGCAUUACGUUCUCGAACGAUGCCUACUUCAGAAAGGGAGUGGCAGGAGAUUGGCUGAACCAUAUGACCCUCGAGAUGGGACAACACCUGGACUCAAUCCUUAACGAGAAGUUUGAUGGGUCAGGGUUCACUAUUUGAUGCUUUCUCUAUGUUUCUUGAGAGGUUGUUUGAAUAAUCUGCUUCGGGAAAACAUCUAGUUUUCCUAUAAGCCACCUUUAGCAUGCUAUGUGGUAAUGUGGAAUUUCUCGUGUGGACUUUCAACAAAGAAUAAGCGUAUAAGGAGAACCAGUUCUCACUGUAUGGAGAAUUAUGUAACACUAGUCGUUGUUGACCCUUGCAUUGCACGGGUAUCAUUAUUUACAUUGUAGACAUAUGUUAAACCUUUAAAUUGAAAUUGCAGGAGUGGCUGAAAAGUUAGUUGAAAUUUUAAA